AAAAAACAUCAACCUAUUCAAUCUAAGAGAGAUAAAAAGAAGAUCUAGAGAGGGAGAGACCAAGAAACAUGAGUAACCAGAAUGUUGAUGAUCAUAAUCUUCUAUUCAUUUCUCAGAUGUACCCUAAUGUCUAUACUUCAUCGAUACCACAACAAGCGGGAGAUUCAAAACCAGCGCAGCCAAUGAGGAGGAGGAGGAAGAAGAAGGGUGUUGCGGUGGCGGAACAAGGUGGAGAUGGAAGCAAUGGGUGGUUUAGGAAGAGGAAAUUGAGUGAUGAGCAAGUAAGAAUGCUGGAGAUGAGUUUUGGAGAUGAGCAUAAGCUUGAGUCAGAGAGGAAAGAUCGUCUUGCUAAGGAGUUAGGGCUUGAUCCUCGUCAAGUCGCCGUCUGGUUCCAAAACCGCCGUGCACGGUGGAAGAACAAGAGGCUUGAAGAUGAAUACACUAGACUCAAGAACGCACACGAAAACGUCGUCGUUGAGAAGUGUCGCCUUGAUUCUGAGGUUCUUCACCUAAAGGAGCAGCUUCAUGACGCUGAAAGAGAGAUCCAACGGUUGGCACAAAGAGUCGAAGGAGCCAUAAGCAGCAGUCCUAUCUCAUCUUCUGUCUCUAUCGAAGCUAAUCAGACUACGCCAUUUUUCGGUGACUACGAAGUCGGAUACGACGGUGACAGUUACGAGAACUUAUUCUACUCGCCGGAAUACAUUAAUGGAUUUGAAUGGAUGAGCCCAUUCAUCUGAAAAGAACUAAGCUUAAAUAUUAAUUUAAUUAGUAUAGAGAUAACUUGGUUAUUCUAUAUGAUUGGUCGAUAUCUA